AUUUAAAAAUCGCCUUCUCUGUAAUUGGCUAAGAAAAAAUGAGAAAAAAUUCAAAUUCAAAAUGAAAGUCAUUUGUAAAGAAAUCUUAAUAUUAAAAUCACAAGAUGAUUCAGUCGAGAAUGAUAAUUAUGUAGAAUAUUUAACAAAGAAUAAUUUAAUUGUAAAAUUUUUAAAGGUCUUAGUGUUUGUUUAUAAAAAUUUAGAUAUAUUAAGUGAAAAACUGACCAAAUCGGACGAUUAUCAUGGUGUAAUUUUUACUAGCCCUAGAGCAAUAUUUGCUUGCCACGAAGCAAUACAAAAUGAAUCGUUAAUGUCCAAAUGGAAAGAUAAACAGAAUUAUGUAAUUGGAGAGAAAAGUCAAUCGUUAGCGUUGAAUUUAUUAGGAUUGAAUUGUUCGGGUCAAGAAAGUGGUAAUGCUAUUAAUUUAGCAAAAAUAAUUAUAUCGGAUGUAAGUGGAACAAAACAACCGUUUUUAUUUCCCUGUGGAAAUAUUAAACGGGAUGUGCUGAAAACGGAAUUACAAAAGGAAGAUAUUCAUUUAGAGGAAGUGACAAUAUAUGAAACAAUUAAAAAUCCUGAUAUUGAAACGGAAUUUGGUAAAAUUACCGAAAAUUUUACUCGAAUUCCUGAAGUUUUCGUUUAUUUCAGUCCUUCGGGAGUACAAUCGACAAAGAAUAUUAUAGAGCGACUUGGAAUUCAACACUCACUAAAAUUUAUUGCAAUUGGACCGACAACAGCCGAGGAAAUAACAAAAAUUGGAUGGGAAUUAAGUGGAUUUGCUGAGAAACCAACACCAGAAAGUUUAUUAAAAACAAUU